GUGUGUGUGUGUGUGUGAGGCUGAGGAUGGUGUGGGGCAGAGCAAUGUGCUGUCUUGCCUACGCCUCAGUUGGGAGUGAGCUCUUCUAAGGUGCAGGUCUCUCUCUCUCUCCCUCUUUCGCUCUCUCUCUUUCUCUGCCUUCUAAGCUAAACACAGCACCCUGGACACUUCCACUUUCAGUAUGAGAGUACUGCCGGAAAUUCUCCGAGGACAUAUACGUAAAGGAUCUCUCAUAGGGCUCAGCAGGUAAGCCAGCCUUUGUACUGAGUUGUUUGGAGGGUGCUGUUGCUGUCUAGAUGCCACUUCACAGCAGAGAUGGAGAACGCCUACCUGAGACACAAACUUCUAUGGAUCUACCUUGUGACUAAACUGUGAAGUUAGAAAUGGAAGCCAUUUAUGUGCUGUCUUUAGAGGGGCACCACUCUCUGGCAAUGCUAGAAUCUCCCAAAAUGACCAUUUCAGCACCUACAUCCUCAGAAGUGAUUGCUGGGGACGUUAUGCCACCUUCAGGUGACGCCCCUGUAGAGAACGGAAAUGACCUGAAACGGUUUGAACCGCUUUCCCAGGAGACUGGCGGAUUUACUCAGAUCAAGAGACGACAGGAAAAGACAGGUGCCUUGGAGGCGGGCCAACAGAGCGAUGGAAGUACCAGGGGCUUUUCUGAGCUUAACUGUGUCUCGAGCUCAGGCUCCUUCAGUCACUCUCCAGACGGGGAGAAGCACGUAUCCCGUACCCAGAUGUACACAAACGGACCAGAACGUAUACUAUCUUCUGAAAAUACCAAUCCGAGUACGACUGAAGUAACAGAGAAGCGCACGGAGGAGCCGAGGGUCAUUGCAGCAACAAACUGUGCUGUAGAAAAUGGCCACAAUCUCAGCCAUUCGGAUAUGGGGGAUCUGACGCUGAUUGGUGUUGCACCAGAGGUUGUUCAUAGUGAAGUUCUUUCAGCCCAUCCCACUGUAAAUGGACAUGAUGUUGGUGUUUGGCCCCACUCUCAGUUUCCAUGUCCCGUCCCAUCUCUAGUGGUCGUUACGGACCAUUCCACCCCCCUAAGUGUCCUCACCUCUGAAGGCUCUGCUCCAGUGGCUGGCCAGUGUGAUUUCCCCUGCAUCAUCAAGCACAAGCCCAGCUCCAUCACCUUCGCCGAUUACAACUACCCCCCGUGUCACCAGCAGAAUGCUCUCAUCAGUGAGAGCUCCGACGGCCGGGAGUAUUCUUCAGAGGAUGACAAUGACGCAGGCGGAGAUGAUGAGGAUGAAGAUGAAAACGAUGAGGAUGUGUUUCCUGAGCUGUUGCCAUGCAGAGAGUUCUUGGCCGGCCAGCACAGGAGGACAAGGGAAAGGCCUAGAAGGAGGGUUGCUGUGACGGAGAGUAGUGGCUCACCACUGGACCUCUCCAGCGGACACCUGGCUGAGGAUGAUAUCGGCCACACAAAGGAGUCUCCCCAGGUUCUGUCUCCAUGGUCGGAAUCCAUGUCCCAGCUGAUGAUGAAGCUGGACCAGCUCAACCUGGACAUAGAGGAGGCUCUGAGCGCCAGCUCGUCCCCUUCAGACACACCCGCCGCCACCCGCAGACACACAGCCAGCCCCAGCAACCCACAGCAGCGUGACGGUGUCUCAUGGAGGUCAGCCCAGUCGACCCAGUCUGCUGGCGCCGGUGGGGACCUUAGGGGACUGGACAUGGGGGAUUCUUUCGGACCGGACAAGGGCUCCAUCUCAGCCAUGAGCUCGGGCUCGGGCUCCGUCACAGGAACCAGAACUCGGCCAAAGAAAACGGAGAUGUCCACCAAAAAGAGGAACAAAGGCACAGAGAUCGAAGCGAAGGAGGCUUGUGAUUGGCUGCGGGCGGCAGGAUUCCCGCAGUACGCCCAGCUCUUUGAAGAUUCUCAGUUUCCCAUUGACAUCUCCCCUGUGAAGAAAGACCACGAUUUUCUAGACAAAGACCUUGUGGAACCCCUCUGUCGGCGACUCAACACGCUAAACAAGUGUGCAUCUAUGAAACUCGACGUGAACUUACCGAAAAAGAAAUGCGAGGACUCUGAUGAGGACGACCUGGUGGCCAUCAGCGACAAAUGGACAUUUGAGUGGAGCAGCCGGCGCUGGUCCAGAUUGCAGGACAUCGACGGCCUGCUGGGUCAGGGGGAGAGCCAUCGGGGUGGGGCUGGUGAGCCGGGCGAACCGGGCCUGGCCCUGCGCACCACCACCAGCAGCGAGAGUGUGCUGACGGACCUGAGCGAGCCCGAGGUGUCGUCCCUGCACAGCGAGAGUAGCGGCCACAGCGGGCACCACCGGGGCACCCACAGCGCCGAGGACUCGGACUGCUCCAGGCGGACGUGCUCGGACUCAGCCGCCACUAUGCCCGACUCCACAUCCCUUGCACUGCCGCACGGGACGGCCCUGCUGGCCGACGCCGGCCAGGGGUAUGGCUCCCUGCCGGCUAAAGGGGGGAAGCGGGCGCGGGUUAAGGACUUUGUGCGGCGGAUGGAUACGCUGAGGUCGCGCGGGGGCCAUGCUGGCAGCGGCCGCAGGCCUCCAAUUAUCAGCGCCCCUGUUUUACAGCAGGAGCCGAAGGUACUAAGGACACUGAGGUGUGUGGAAAUUGUGAACGGUGACACGAGUGGGGGCCUGGAUUUGGCCCCUCGCAUUCCGAUGCUAACGAUUGCCCCGUGCCCGUCCAGCAGUGAGGGCAGCAGCAGCCAAUCCAGUGGCAGCGCAGUGAGCACGCCCAGUAUGAAGGAGCGGCGGCCACAUCGCCAUGGCAACGAGAGCGGCGGAGGCGGCCGGGCAGGGCCGGAUAGCAGGCGGGGUGGCAUGUACCUGGAGGACGCCGUAGAUGCUCUGGUGGAGCACCACCGCCGAGAUGAGUUCCGCUCCUAUGAGGACCUGGUGGUACACAUCCCCAAGGACCACAAGCCCGGCACCUUCCCCAAGGCGCUUUCCAUCGAGAGCCUGUCACCCACCUCCUCCGGCCUCCACAACGUUGUUGCCGACUGGCACUCUAUGGGCAGGGCCAGCCUGGAGGUUCCCCAACAGCGGCCGCCCAGCAUCAGGGUACCGCGGCCCGUCACCCAGUGCUGCUCGCGGGGGAGCCGGAUCAGCGUGUACGACAACGUCCCCGGCUCGCACCUGUACGCCAGCACGGGGGACCUGAUGGACCUGGAGAAGGAAGAGGACCUGUUUCCGCACCUGGACGACAUCCUGCAGCACGUCAGUGGCCUCCAGCAGAUUGUGGACCAUUGGACCAAAAAUGUGUUGCCUGCCGGGGAGGGGGAGUGCGACAGCGAUGGGGGAGGAGGAGGAGAUGGGGCCGAGGGGGAGGGAAAGAGGCCAGACCUACAGUCCUCCAGCCAGAUCACGCUGGACUUUGAGGGCAACUCGGUGCUGGAGGGACAGACGACGCCCAGCGACGGGGACCGGGACGGCGUGUCCCUGAAUGAAACGGAGCCCGGCGGCAUGAGGGAGAGGAGAGACUCCGGGGUUGGAGCAUCACUCACAAGACCUAACCGACUGCGCUGGCCCAGCUUUCAGAUAUCCAAUCGCCUGAGCCAUUCAAUGGCCUCCCUUCAGAUCACCAACCAAUCAGGUGGCCAGAUGUGUCUAUUGCAGAAGUUCUCUCUCCUGCGGCUCACAGCCAUCAUGGAAAAGUACUCCCUGUCCAACAAACAUGGUUGGACCUGGGCAGUGCCCAAGUUCAUGAAGAGGAUGAAGGUGCCCGACUAUAAGGACAAGAAUGUGUUUGGAGUGCCUCUGAUUGUGCAGGUGCAGCGCACGGGUCAGCCCCUGCCCCUCAGCCUCCAGCAGGCCCUGCGCUACCUCAGGAGCCAGUGUCUGGACCAGGUGGGUCUGUUCCGUAAGUCGGGGGUUAAGUCUCGCAUUCAGGCGUUGAGGCAGAUGAACGAGAACUCCCCAGACGAUGUGAACUACGAGGAACAGUCUGCAUAUGACGUGGCAGACAUGGUCAAACAGUUCUUCAGAGACCUCCCUGAGCCACUGCUCACAAGCAAACUUGGAGAGACUUUCCUGCAUAUCUACCAAUAUGUGCCAAAAGACCAGCGCUUGCAGGCGGUGCAGGCGGCCAUCAUGCUGAUGUCGGAUGAGAACCGUGAGGUGCUGCAGACGCUGCUCUGCUUUCUGAGUGAUGUCACUUCCUCUGUGGAGGAGAACCAGAUGACGCCCAUGAACAUCGCCGUCUGUUUGGCCCCCUCGCUCUUCCACCUCAACAUCCUGAAAAAAGACAAUCUGUCACCCAGGGCCAUGCAGAAGAAGUAUGCCACAGGACGCCCUGACCAGAAGGACCUGAACGAGAACUUGGCUGCCACUCAAGGCCUGGCUCACAUGAUCAUGGAGUGCAACCGGCUCUUUGAGGUAUCUUCUUCAAUCCCCCAUGAGAUGGUGACACAGUCUCGUAACUCGUACGUGGAGGCGGACCUGCAUGCUCCCACCAUGGAGGAGAUGUUUAAGUCUCUGGAGGAGGACGACGGCUCCUACCAGACCCACAUGGAGCUCCGACUGCAGGGGCUCCUGAAGGAGGCGCGCGACAAGGCCAAGGGCUGGGUCUCCUGCUCCAGUGCCGACAACACUGAGCUCUGCUACAAGAAGGUGGGGGAUGGGAACCCUCUGCGGCGGUGGCGUGUGUCCGUGGAGGUGGAGGCCCCUCCGUCGGUGGUGCUGAACCGCGUGCUGCGAGAGCGCCACCUGUGGGACGUGGACCUGCUGCAGUGGAAGAUCCGGGAGCCACUGGACAAGCAGACUGAGGUGUACCAGUACGUCCUCAACCGCAUGCCCCCACACCCCAGCAGGGACUUUGUGGUGCUCAGGUCAUGGAGGACGGACCUGCCCAAGGGCACGUGUUCUCUGGUGUCUGUCUCCGUGGAGCAUGAGGACUGCCCCAUGCUUGGAAUGGUGCGAGCCGUGGUGCUCGAGUCCAAUUACCUGCUAGAGCCUUGUGGGAUGGGCAAGUCCAGACUCACACACAUCUGCAGAGUGGACCUCAAAGGGAGGACUCCGGAGUGGUACAACAAGGCCUUUGGGCAUCUCUGUGCCGCGGAGGCUGCCCGCAUCCGGAAUUCCUUCCAACCAAUCAGCACAGACGGUCCUGAGACCAAGAUCUGAAGUCAAGUCUCCCUUCACAGGACAUCACACGACACAUCAUAAAACCCCAACGUUUUGGAUUCAGACACCCUUGGAAAUGAAUGCUUACAGGAAGGGUGUUGCACAGUUCAGAUACCUAAAUGCUCUUAGAAACCCGUAUGGACCCACGUGGAGCCCUAGUUUCAUGCUUGCACAGUGAAAAAGUGAGAGAUCUCUCUCUCUCUGUCUGGUGCUGGACACUACGUUAUACCCACAAAGGAGCCUCAAAAUCCUGCCAGUGUCUCUUGGUGUCAGUGGGACUGCCAUGAUGUCCACUCUGUUUUUGUUCAAUAUAUUAUUAUAAUAUGUAAUUAUUUGAACAAUCUAUAAUAAUGAUAUGUAAUGUAAUUAGUUCAGAAAUGUUGCUCUUAUACAAUGUAUAGGACAUUUAAGCUCUUAAAAGCUUCUGGGAAGCGAGUGUAUAUCAUUCAUAUUAAAGACAAAGCUAUAUGUCAGAGUAAUAUACUGUUUGUGCACAUGUGUGUAUAUAUAUUUCCCUGUAUGUAUGCCUACAUGCAUUCUGUACAAGUUGUAUAUACUGUAGAUAUAUUACCAUGAAUAUGUAGAUUUUUCUUAUGAAUGUGUAGAUAUAUUUUCCCAUGUAUUGACUAUGUAUUGAUAUCUCUUUUUUGCAUAGAUAUCAUCAUAACUUGUAUGGUACAAAGCAUUACUGAUUUGUAAGCUGGUUUUACUUUAAAUAUUGGUGUAAUUUUAUUUUAUUUUAUUUGAUUGUAAACCCAUGAUGUUUAAAGAUUGAAAGGACAUGGGUUUGGCUUUUGCCGAGCCUGCUCUUGUAGUACUGGACUAUGUUUAGGAAAUGUGGUGGAAACCGUGUUUUUUAAUUAAACUAUUAAAAACUGCA